CCCCUGAGGAUGCGCUGCCGGGACUGCGCCCUGGUGACCAGCUCGGGGCACCUGCUGCGCAGCCGGCGAGGCGCCCAGAUCGACCGGGCGGAGUGUGUCAUCCGCAUGAACGACGCCCCGACCCGCGGCUACGGGCGCGACGUGGGCCACCGCACCAGCCUGAGGGUCAUCGCGCACUCCAGCAUCCAGAGGAUCCUGCGCAACCGCCACGACCUGCUGAAUGUGAGCCAGGGCACCGUCUUCGUCUUCUGGGGCCCCAGCAGCUACAUGCGGCGGGACGGCAAGGGCCGGGUCUACAACAACCUGCAGCUGCUGAGCCAGGUGCUGCCCCGGCUGAAGGCCUUCAUGAUCACGCGCCACAAGAUGCUGCGGUUCGACGAGCUCUUCAAGCGGGAGACGGGCAAGGACAGGAAGAUAUCCAACACCUGGCUCAGCACCGGCUGGUUCACCAUGACGAUCGCGCUGGAGCUCUGCGACAGGGUCAACGUCUACGGCAUGGUGCCCCCUGACUUCUGCAGGGAUCCCAACCACCCUUCAGUACCUUAUCAUUAUUAUGAGCCUUUUGGACCUGACGAAUGUACAAUGUACCUCUCCCACGAGCGGGGACGCAAGGGCAGUCAUCACCGCUUCAUCACAGAGAAACGCGUCUUUAAGAACUGGGCACGGACAUUCAAUAUUCACUUUUUUCAACCAGACUGGAAGCCAGAAUCGCUUGCUAUGAAUCAUUCUGAGAAUAAACCUGUGUUCUGAGGAAUGAGCAUUCCAGACUGUGAUUCCAGGUACCCACUGCCUCAGACGCCGGGACCCUGAACUUUCUGAGCCACCAGGCAGGAAAGGGUAGCAGAACUGGUGGCAGAAAACAGCUUGCUCCUCGAGGAGUACAGAUGCCUACCAGGCGUGACUACAACGCCACGCGGAUAGUUUGCAAGAAAAAACUUCCAGAAUUAAUACAUCCCGGUGUGUGUUGUCCCUUUCAAAGGCGUUACCUUAGGACCCGAACACUCCACUCAGUUAAACCGCCAUGACUAAAAACAUGUUGGAUCUCAUGUUUAGGACUGCCUUUGAAAUCGAAACAUGAGCAAUUCAACAAUAUUAGUUGCAUUCCUUUCUAGCGAUACUGUGUCAAAAGACAUUUUUCUAUCAAAUCGUUUCCUUUCCUGAUCUGUAACCGUGGUCAUCUGUUAGACUCCGUAUGUGUGAUUUGUUAAAAGCAACCUGAAAGUACGGACAUGACUUCUGAAGAGCACAUCUCCACUGACUUUCAUAAAGCAAAUGUCCAAUAUUUAUUUAUAGAGAGAUUUUUAGUGCACUCUAGGCCAGUAUUUUUAUAGAUUAUGAUCAUGUGGCAAUUUAUCCUUCCUAACUCCUUAAUCCUGAAUGAUGGUUGGAAAUGGCCUAGAAUUGGGUUAAUGAGUUACUGUGUUCACAAUGCUCACUGUUAGCAUGCAGUUGGAAAUCUUGUGUUGCGUUUUUUGAACUCCUAGUCUUCAGGAAAACUGUUCUUUCAUAGAAAGAACAGCUAUGACAUUUUCUUGUGUGCAGAAAAGCUCCAAAAGGACAAAAUUGAAAACCAAAACCUGUUAUUAAAACAAAAAGAUGCUUACAAGA